AUGGUGUUUUUUAAUUUGCGCCGAGUGGCCCCCCAAAAGGCAGCCGGGAAGGUUGUCGUUUUUGGUGCGACGACGGCGGUGGGCCGGCCCCUCUCCCUGCUCUUGAAGCUCUGCCCGCAUGUGAGGGAGGUUUGCUGUUGUGGCCCUUUGAGCAGGGUUGAUCAGGGGGCCAGCGUGACGCCGGUGCGUGGCGUGGCUGCGGAUCUUUCCCACAUUGAUACUACCACCAGUGUGAAGGGGUUUGAAAAUCAGUGUGAUUGGGAGUUGGCACUGCGUGGGGCCCAACUCGUCUUGUUUUGCGCCGGGAGUGUGUUCGACCCGUGUAGGGCGCAGCGUGACGCGGCAUUGAGGGCGUCUGGUCCAGAGUUGAUGUCGGCAAUGACUCUGGUGGCGCGGGCGGCCCCAAAUGCCGUUAUUGGCGUUGUUUCCAGUCCCGUUAAUGCGCUCGUGCCCCUUGCAAGGGAGGUGUUGGUGCGCAACGGUGUGUUUAAUCCACGGAAGCUGUUUGGUGUCACGAGCCUUGACGUCAUGAGAACAAGAGCUCUCGUGGCCGAAGAGCUGCAGAUGAACCCGUACGACUUGAAUGUGCCGGUUGUGGGCGGUAGAGGCGGCAUGACUGUGUGUCCUCUUGUGGCGCAGACUGCGCUGCGGAUUCCGCACGAGCGCGUUGUCCAUGUGUGUAGCCAGCUCCGUUCGUACGGGUCGCAUUCCGCCCGCGCGGAGAGUGGCGCUGCCGGUGGCUUGAGCGAUGAAAAGGCGGUUUCCGUGGAACUGCCGCCACAGGUGGCGUUAUCGUUGGCGCAUGCCGUCCUGGAGUGGUCUGUGUCGAUGCUGAAGGCUCUGCGAGGGGACCGCGGCAUCGUUGAGUGCUCCUUUGUGGAGUCCACAGUGCGGAAGGAGACCCCCUUUUUUGCUUCACGUGUGGAGCUUGGCGAGGAGGGCGUGGCGCGACUUCUGCCAAUGGGUGCACUCACGGCGUACGAGACGGAGCUGGUAGAGACUGCCGUGCCGCUUAUAGCGGGGGAUGUUGAGGCGGGGUUGCGCUUUGCAGCUGGAGAGCCUGAGCCGGCCCUGUAG